AUGGCAGAGACGGAAGGGAAGCGAAGCCUGUUCGCGCUGCUGGAGGAGGAUGCGCUGCGGGUAGUCGCUCGCCGUGUAAGGGAACAGGAAAAGCUUGCUCGCCAGAAGGCGAGGGAGAGGAGGAGGAUCACGUUUGACAAGCCUAAGGCCUCUGAGCCUGUGGAGCCUGUGGAGCCUGUGGAGCCAGUCGAGCAAGCAGGAGAUGCAGCAGGAGAUGCAGGCAGAGAGGAAGGGGACGAGAAUGAGGGGCAGCCUGAAAGUCGUUCCGAAAGUGAACAACAGCAAGAGGAGGCAGUGUUGGAAAGACGAGUAGAUGAAGAAGACAAGGGUGAGAGCAGGAGAAGAGCGGAAGGACGAGUAGAUGAAGAAGACAAGGGUGAGAGCAGGAGAAGAGCGGAAGGCAAGGAAAAUACAACGGAACUGGUCAUCUUCACAGCAAACAAACAGUCGUUGCUGUGGCGGAGCAAGUAUCGUCCAAUCAGAUUCUCGGAGGACGAUUCCAACUUUCAAUUCCAUUCUCCAGAAAAAAAUCUCACACAACCCGUCACAUGCCGCAACAGCUUCCCUGUCUCUUCCUCCAUCUGCGAGGGGGAAGCGAAAGCCAGCAUUCCUCUCGUGCGCUCCAGGGUCAUGAAGAACGACAGGCUGGAGGAGGAAGCAAUGAAGGCUGAAGACUAUCAGACAGCGUUGCUAGAACGUUUGAGCAGAACGAUGGAGAAAGAGAGGGAAAGGAAGUCCAAGCAUGAGGUGGAGGAAGAGAUGGAUGCGUUACUGGAGGCCAGCGAUCGGAGCAAGUACGAGGCGAUGAGGAGGAGGAACAACAUCAAGCUCUGGUACAGCAUUCCUGCCCCUCCUGCCCAGGCUGCGAAGAUGCGCCUGCGUUAUAGAGGAGGCGCUCCGUCCGGGUUAAUGUCACUUGAGAGGAACGGGCAGGCGGCCGAUGAAGUGAACGCAAAGGAUGUUGACAUGUGGAGCGAGGAGACGGAGAUGCUGAUCCUUGACGACAACAACCUGUGCUCGAUUGUAGAGCAUGGAGGAGGUGGAGGAGUCUGUGAGGGGAGGAGCAGGUUCAAGGAGAUUCCUGUGGAGGUUCCCGAGACUUCAUCGCAGUUGAGGAGCCUAGAGAUUCUCGUCCUCUCUUACAACCGCCUCACCCUCGUCCCCCUCCUCUCGGGCUCGAGCAAGCUGAGAACGCUCCAGCUGGACAACAACAUGAUCGGGUGGGACUACUUCUGCGGAAGGCCUCCGGCCCGAGCUGAGGAGCACGAGGGAGAUGCAGGAGUGAGCGGGAUCUUCUGCUGCACCUCCCUCCGCGUGCUCCAUCUGCAUGCCAACAAGCUGGUGUGGCUCGGGGGGAGGGACGGGGACGCGACCGGCUGGUGGCGACUGAGCCACUUGAACGAGCUAAGGGUCAAUCGCCUUGCCAGACUCCGCAAGCUGAACUUGGAGUUCAACAAGAUCAAGGAUCUUCCUUGCGAGCUGGGUUGGUUGUCAAACUCCGUACACACGAUCUCUUUGAGGGGGGCUCUGGACGUUCCCGCAAAGUACCCGGACGUCUCGUUCCGGCAGCAGGACCCCUCGUUCUUCCUCUCCCUCAUGGACCUCCAAGGAAAGGAACUCCUCCACCACCUGAGGUUCUUUCUUCAGCUCUCUUCCUCCUCCUCCUCCUCCUCCUCGUACUCCACCACUACCACCACCACCACCUCCUCCUCCUCCUCCUUGACCUCAGACGCUCGCAGGAACCUGUCCUGGCUCAGAGCCACUUCGCAGGGUCUCAAUUCCCCCCCUCGUCGUCUGCUUGACAUGCCCUGGCUCCAGGUGGUCAACCUGGACGACAACAUGUUCGAGAGCAUUCCUCUCCUCCUCGCUCGCAUUCCCCUGCUCUGGCGGCUGGAGAUGACCAAGAACAAGAUCAGGUCCGUGCUGUGGGUGGGGGCAGAGCUUCCUCAAGGAUGCCUGGCAGGUGCCAAGUGA